AUGCAUAAAGCAAAUUUCAUUAUUAAAAAUGGAAUUUCAAGAGAAGAUGAAGAAUUAAAUUCCUCAAGGGAGGAAGAUGAUGACGAAAAGAGUGAUGAUUCAGAUAAACAAAUUGUAGUUGUCAACAGAAAAAUUAAAUCAAAAAUAUUUUUAGAUUCCAAUAGAGGUAGAAAAAGUGAUAUGAGUAAUGAGCGCAGUGUGAAUCAAACAAAUAGUACAACAUCUAAAAAGAAAGAUACACACAUUUGUGAUAACUCUUUACUAGUACAGAUCAUCAAAAGGAAUAAUUUUAAAACAGGAGGUGGUGGUACCUUAUUGAAAAAGGCAUAUAAUACUUCUUCUCAAUUUAAAGAAACAGAAAAGUACAUCCGAAGGGGUGAUUCCAAGAUAAUAUUUAAAUAUGAAAAAUUUAUUAACAAGUCAGAACAGAAAUGCACCUCAUUAGUAGAUCAAAAUGAAAGAAGUAAAAAGAAUUCCGAGAAUAUCGAUAAAGUUGAUAAUACAUAUGAAAAAAAUGAAAAGAGGGAAUGUGUGGACCAUAAGUUUUUCAAAGAAAUUGUAAAAAGUACAUGCGUAAAUAAUGCUCAAGUCAUUAAUGAUAUAGAAAGUAUUAAUGCAAAUGAGGAAGAUAAUAAUCAAAUAAUAGAAUCAUCAGUCGAGUGUAAUAAUAAUAAGACAAGAAUGAGCAAGAUGGAGAAAAGUAUCCAUUUUAACCAAGUACACCAGGAUGAUAAUUCAAGACAUUUUCCUCAUUACAAUAAAAUGCAAAUCCCUUUGAAGAAACAAUCAAAACAUUACACUCAGCACAAGGAAGAGGAAAAGAACGAUUGGAUUAGUCAAGGGACUAACGAAAUGGAGUAUCAUGCGGGUGAGAAUCUCCUUAACGAAACAAGCCUAAGUUCGCAUAUCAGGAUGGACGAUGAAAAAGAAAAAAAAAAAAAAAAAAUUUCGAUCGAACAAAAUGAAGAUAUGAACUCACAUAUCAUUAAAUAUGACGAAUUCGAAUUGUAUGAGCUAGAAAAAGAGUUAGAAAAAAUAACAGAUGAAGAAAAUAAUAUACAAGAAAAGUUAAUUUACUUAAGUAACCAAGAACUCGAUAUUAUUAUAAAAAUGAAGCAGUUAAAAGCUGCCAAUCAUUUCGUUCAAAAGGAACAAGGACAGAAAGAAGAAUGUAAUGGUGAUGCACAGCUGGGAAGUAAUGACACCACUCCCAAUUCUGAUAAACGGUAA